AUGCUUGCGGAAAAGAAGCAAGCAGGGAGCUUGACUGACAAAAGGAUCAUUAUGCUUCAUUCUGGUGUUGCAACAGGAGGAACGCGGGGAGAGGGGAAAUGGAGAGGCGACGUCAGCGGAAAGGAAGACGGGGGCCUGACUUACCAACAGAUUGGCCUUGCGAAGCUCCGGGGGGUGAGGGAGUGGCUGGGGAACAACGUGGGUCUUACCCCCCAGAAAGAGGAAGGGGCAGAAGACGUACCCAAAAUGAUCAUCUUCGCUCACCACAUCGAGCUGCUCGACCGGAUCGAGCGCUACGUGCAUGACUGCGGCGUUGAUUACGUCAGAUUUGACGGCAGCACCCUCGGCCGCGACCGGCAAGCUGCGGUCCAGGAUUUCAAGCACCGGGACGAGAUCCGAGUAGCCAUUGUGGGCGUGACAGCUGGCGGCGUCGGAUUGGACUUCAGCGCCGCGCAGACAGUCGUCUUUGCGGAGCUGCCCACGUCAUCUGCUGACCUCAUGCACGCCAAGGAUCGUGCUCACCGGCGGGGCCAGUCUAGUGCCGUCAACGUGUACCUGUUCUGCGCCAAGGACACAGGCGACGAAACCAGCUGGAUGCGGUUAAGCGAGUCGUUGGAGCGGGUCACCACCGUGGUUAACGGGUCCGAAAACGCGGUUAGGGGGAUCCACGUGGACGCAAUUGAGGACAAAGCGUCCGGGCAAAAGUUUCGGAUGGAAAACGCGGAAACCGAGGACUGGGGCGCGACGCAGUGGGAAGGGGGGGUGGGGAUUGGAUGCGAAAUGGGACCCCCCGGAGUGGAGGAGGAGACCUGGGAAAGAAGGAUGGCGAGGAAGGGGCGGAUAACGGAAUUGAGAAAGUGGAAGAGCCGGGGGUUGGAAUGGAGGCGGAAAUUGACCCCCGCGGGAACGGAAAGGUUGUGA